UGAGGAUACUGAACACAAAGAAGUAGCGAGAUUAAAGCUCGAAGACGUCGCGGUAAUUGGUACCCUGGGGGUUGGUGGCUUCGGAAGAGUCGAACUGGUGCGAGUAAAAGGAAUCACUCGUAAAAAUUUCGCAUUAAAGAAGAUUAAGAAAUGUCACGUCAAGAAAACUCAUCAGGAGGAACAUGUGCUAAACGAGAGGAGUAUUCUGUUAGAGGUCAGCUCUAGCUUUAUUGUCAAGUAA